AUGCCGUCUGCGUUCACCAAGCCAGUUGCAAUCAUGCAGGAGCCCAAGUCCAGUGACCUGGAAUAUCCCUUCUGUGAAGGCUCGGACAAUCCCCAAAACUCUUCGAGUCAACUCCAGUAUAAACAUCCAGAUGACUGUCCUGCCCGCCCGAUCAUGACCCGCAGCGAUACUCAUGAUACUGAUGCUUUCCACAUAUUUCCAAUGGACGUGGAUAAAGAACACUCGAAAAACCCUUCAACCUCAGAAUACAAGAUGAUGGGAGCUCUCUUUAAUAAGGACACGGCGAACCGCCAAGGAUUGCCCGAUCUAUCCAAUGAUUCAGUUGUGCUUGAAAAUUGGUAUGAGAGCACAACCGGACCUUGCAGCACAUUAGACCGAGGGACUCCGUCUCUAGCGAGACCGGAAAACACAACCCUCGUUAUACUGAACGAGAAAAGCUUAUCUGAACGCAAUAGUCGCGGUCCUGUGGAGGCCAAAUCAGCGUGGAAACCGCCUAGACCCCCUAAACCACGGUUCCUAGCACACCUUGACGUUGCCGGCUUCGAGUCAUAUGAGAAUUCAACACCGUGCCCAAUGCCUGCCUCGAGAGACGGCCCUGGGGGUCACAAAUGGCUGGCACCUAGAUUGCUGCAAGGUAUGGACAAUGAUAUCAGCAAGCGACGGAAACCAUGGAGCGACCCCAAGCUCGGCCCAUCUCGAUAUCUAUCCCGGCCUGCCAAACGUGGCGCAAAGUCUUACCUCACCAAGAACGAUCUGAGCCAGCCGUUCCCCGGCCCCUGGCCUUCAAUUGAUGGCUUGCUAUUGCGCCAAGAUUCAAGGAUUGCUAAGUCGAGCCCUGCCAAGAUAUGCGUCCGGGACCACAGUAACGCCUUGUCAAGCCCCCAAGAGGCACGAGAGUCAAAUGUGAAGCGCAUAGGCAACUGGCUUGGGAAGCUACUUAGCUGGGUUUCGCACUUAUCGAAGCUUAAGGAACGAGGCGUUAUUAGUAUAUCCUUGGUUGGGCAGCGAUCACUUCAGCACCCACGUUUCGGAUUUGCAUCCUACGAAUACAGUGUGAGCUUCAAAUGGUCAAAUACGUCGGGGUCUAUUGCAAUACAUCAAGGACAAGAAGAGAUCAACCUACCUGCUGCGUCAAAAAAUGCCACCCGUCUCUUCCGGGCUGAUAUUACAGUACCGUAUCUCGCUAUGCGGAUUCUCAUGGGCUUUUGUGCCGUCUGCCGGAGCCGUAUGUCCAGAGGAGUCAUGAUUAGCUUUGUGCGACUCUUCAUGAGACUCAUCGGACUUCCGGUUCUGUAUUUUUUAGAGAGAUUGAGCGUCAGCUUGUCCAUUCACCCAAGGGAGUCUAACACGACCCAGAGCGCAAGAGAUCAACAUGCGGUUUUUUGA